GAACAGGCUCCUCCCGGCGAGCGUUCGCCCUACGAGCGCCCGCCAUAUGGGCAGCCCCCUCAAGACCAGCGCCCCCCCUAUGACAGACCACCAUACGAAUCAGACCGUUCCUUCGACUCUCGCCCUCCCUACUCUUCCGCACCACCUUCUGCCCGUCCUCCUCAAUUCCCCCCACCCCCUCUUCCUAUGGGUUGGGUCCAGGAAUGGGAGCCCAACGCCCGCCGCGCCUUCUGGGUUGAGGUAGCCACCGGCAACUCCCAGUGGGAACAGCCUCUUGGCGAUACCUCGCGUGACAUGGGGGGCCCUCCCGCUAUCAUGAGCCCCCCUCCUUCCGGUCCGAUUAGCCCUCCCCCCGGUGGCUACUACGGCGGUCCCCCUCCCCAGGAGGGAGGCUACUACCCUCCUCCUCAGCAGGGCGAGACCGAGGAAGAGCGCAAGAAGAGUGAUAGGAAGAAGAUGCUCAUGGGAGCCAUGGGAGGUUUGGCGGUUGGUGGUAUUGCCGGAGCUGUUCUUAACCAUGAAUUUGGUGGUGACAGCUCCGAGUCCGAAAAGGAGGAAGAGGAAGAAGAAGUCGAGCACAAGAUCAUAGAGCAGCACGUUUACCACCACUACGAUGAGCCUCCUCCUGAGGAGCGCUCUUACUCCCCUCCUGUGGAUGACUGGUAG